AUGGCUGUUAACUUUGAAGAAUUGGCCGAAAGGUUCUAUCCUUAUGCUCAACCCGCGGGCACGGUCAUAUUGAUCCUGAUCAUGGUCAUAUCUUACUAUAUCAAUUCUGAUAGUAAACCUCGCAAAGUACUUGAUCCUGUAGAAUGGAGAAGUUUCAAGCUCAUUGCCAAAGACCAUCUUUCGCAUAACACUGCUCUCUACAAGUUCGGCCUCCCAAAACCCACAGACUGCCUGGGUCUUCCUGUCGGACAGCAUAUCUCUGUAGCUGCCGAGAUUGAUGGUAAACAAGUUGUCAGAUCAUAUACGCCUACUACUUUAGAUGACGACAAAGGACAUUUUGAUUUGGUUGUAAAGACUUACGAGAAAGGAAACAUCUCAAAAUUUCUCUCACUCCUCACUAUCGGUCAAGAUGUCAAGAUCAAAGGUCCAAAGGGAAAGUUCCACUAUACCGCCACCCUCGCACCUGCACUUCUUAUGAUUUCAGGAGGAACCGGUAUUACUCCAAUGUAUCAAAUUGUCAAAUCAUCGCUCAAGAACCCAGCGGAUAAAACAAAGUUAUCACUGAUAUAUGCCAAUGUUGAAGAAGAUGAUAUUUUACUCAGAAAGGAAUUGGAACAACUUGAAGCUUCUUCCAAUGGUAGAUUCACACUCUACCACGUCCUCAACAAACCCCCAGCCAACUGGAACGGUGGUGUAGGAUUCAUUACCAAGGAAAUGAUCGAGAAACACAUGCCUGAAAGUGGUGUCGGAUCACCUAAUCAUGGUGAAGGUCAUAAAGUCUUGAUGUGUGGUCCUCCUCCUAUGAUGAAUGCCAUGAAAGGUCAUCUUAAAGAACUCGGGUACCCCGCUCCUCGAACUGUUUCCAAAUUAGAGGAUCAGGUCUUCCUUUUCUAG